AUGGUAGUUGUAGAUAACGAAAAAUCUUUAAAUUCAGAUUCAAUUUUAUAUAUGCUUGAAGAUCAGCUGAACAUAAAAGUUUUCAAGACUCCUCCCUACAAAAGUACCGUCAAUGGCCAAGUGGAACGAUUUCAUUCCACAUUGUCAGAAAUUAUGCGUUGUCUUAAAACAGAAAAGACACAUAGGACCUUUGAAGAAUUACUAGACAGAGCGGUUUAUGAAUAUGAUUGCACCAUACACUCAACAACAGGCAAAAAACCCAUAGAAUUAUUCUUUGGAAGAAGAGUUAGAACUAUUCCAGAACAAUAUGAAAACGCAAGAAAGGAGAAUAUAGAAGCCAUAGUCAAGAAACAAGCAAAAGACAUUGAAAAUCAUAACAAAAAACGAAACCCUUUUAAAGACUAUAUCCCAGCGAAGUUUGAAAACUGUUUAGAGAAGUGGAAAGAGACAUCUACUCCAUUCUUCAAAAGAGAUGAAAUCCAGUUAUCUUCGGAUUCUUCACAGAAAUCGUCGUUUGUUUCCGUAAAAGAAAUUUUAUCAAAUACAUUUAAUGGCAAGGAAAUCCUAAAAUUUUAUUCCAAAAAUGAUAUUUUACGUGAGGAACAACGAAAUCUUCUUAUAUCAACUGUAGCUAAAUAUAUAGAAGGUAAUGGGAUACCUUAUACUAUAUCAGAUUGUGCUGAUAUAGAAAACCAGAUAUGCAAUAUUUUCCCGUCAGAACAACUUGAUUUUUACUCUAACGGUAAACGUGGCAAAAUCUAUAAUAAAUUAUCAAAUUUAAAAAGGCUUUCGAAAGACAUUUUUAAAGAAAAAUCAUCGCCGGAAGAAGAUAAAACGUUCGAACCAGAAGAAAAUGUGGCCGUCACAUUGCAGUAUUUAAGACUACCUACAAUUACUGCGGACGAGUUUGACUUGUACUGGUGCAAAUGUGCCCGUUACCGUUUAAAACAGAUUUCAGAAUCUAAAAGUACUGCCGAAAUUUUUCAGAUGUGGCCUGAAUACAAAAAGCCUUCUGGUUCAAAUCUAAUUAAUAUAGACUUUGAACUGAAAUUUCCUUUUGCCAAACAAUUUUCUGAAAGAUGGUUAUGCUAUAAAGAUAAAGUAAUCUACUUGCUACAAAGUAAGAUCAGCAACCUUACUAUUUCAAAAAAAAUGCAACAAAUACAUACAUUUAAUGAAGAAUCUGUAGUUUUAACAGUACUUUGGAAUAUACACCAUUUAUUUCCUCCAACACAAAAAGUCACCUCGGACAUGAGUGGGGCAAAAAUUCGCAAAAAGUUUUCCGUGCUGGAUUCACAGGAAAGUUUUGCAAUAUUGGCAGAAUCCGAAGAAGAAAUUGAAAUAAAAUUAAAACUUCUUAUGCUUCAAGGGCCCAAAUUAUUAAUUUCUGGCAACUUAGAAGAUAUUAAAUCAAUAUUUGUUUACUUCGAUGGCAAUAAGUAUCCAUUUUUAACUAUUGUAAAAGCAUUCGAUUUACUUUUUAAAAUAUUUUUUGUUUUUAAUCUUCAGUUUCCCGAGGAAUCUGAAAUAUUUUAUAAUUUUAUUCAAGAUUUUUUUUUAUGA